AUGCAGCGGCUGGAGAGACUCUGUCGGUGGCGGCGGCGGGGACGAGGCAGGGACAGGGGGGGCGACGGCAAAAUGAAGUAUCAGAAAUACCUGACUGUCUUGCAGAUGGCCAUAGGGGUGACCGCCUCCAACAGGGGCAGUCUGAUGCCCUUAAAGAGGAAGCUGUGGGUAACUCCAUCAUCUGAAAAUCCGAAUGGUGCUACAUGUAGUGUGAGUCAAGGAAAACCUUCUUUAAGAAGAAUAAAAGGAAGAAUACAUAGAAGCAAAAGUCUUGAUAGCAUUGAUUUCUGUGAGUUCAAUAGCACAACAAUGGAAGAAACAGCUAUAUGGGAACAACACACAGUGACUCUUCACAGGGCUCCAGGAUUUGGAUUUGGCAUUGCGAUAUCUGGAGGAAGAGAUAAUCCCCAUUUUCAGAGUGGUGAAACAUCAAUAGUUAUUUCUGAUGUCCUGAAAGGAGGUCCAGCAGAAGGACUACUACAGGAAAAUGACCGCGUGGCAAUGGUUAAUGGAGUCUCAAUGGAUAACGUGGAACAUGCAUUUGCCGUUCAACAGUUGAGGAAAAGUGGAAAAAUUGCCAAAAUAACUAUUCGAAGAAUGAAGAAAAUUCAGAUUCCGGUAGCCCGGCCAGAACCUGAGCCAGUAUCUGAAAAUGAGGAGGAUAGUUAUGAAGAGGAAAUGCAUGAUCCAAGAAGUGCACGCAGUGGGCCAGGCGUCAGCAGAAGGCAUGAGAAGAGCUGGGUAAGAGACCGAAGCGGAAGCAGAGAGAGAAGUUUAUCGCCAAGAUCAGAUAGGAGAUCCGUUGCUUCCAGUCAGCCUGCAAAACCUACUAAAGUAACAUUGGUGAAAUCCAGGAAAAAUGAAGAGUAUGGUCUGCGCUUGGCCAGCCACAUAUUUGUGAAAGAAAUAUCCCAAGAUAGUUUGGCAGCAAGAGAUGGCAACAUUCAGGAAGGUGAUGUUGUAUUGAAGAUAAACGGCACAGUCACAGAAAAUAUGUCACUGACAGAUGCAAAGACUCUAAUAGAAAGGUCAAAAGGCAAGUUGAAGAUGGUGGUUCAACGAGAUGAACGAGCAACUCUUUUGAAUGUCCCAGAUCUUUCUGACAGCGUUCAUUCUGCUAAUGCUUCAGAAAGAGAUGACAUUUCAGAAAUUCAGUCGCUGGCAUCAGAUCAUUCCAACCGAUCACAUGACAGGCCCCGCCGCAGUCGUUCACGAUCUCCUGACCAGAGGUCAGAGCCUUCAGACCAUUCCAGACAUUCUCCACAGCAGCCCAGCAACGGCAGUCUCCGGAGCAGAGAAGAUGAGAGAAUAUCAAAACCAGGAGCUGUCUCUACACCUGUAAAGAAUGCAGAUGAUAUUCCUGUUUCUAAAACCAUGGAAGAGGCUAUAGUUGAAAGAAAUGAAAAACAAACUCCACCUCUGCCAGAGCCAAAGCCAGUGUAUGCUCAAGCUGGACAGCCAGAUGUGGAUUUACCAGUCAGUCCAUCCGAUGGUCCUUUACCCAAUUCAACUCAUGAAGAUGGAGUGCUUCGGCCAAGCAUGAAGAUGGUAAAAUUCAAAAAAGGAGACAGCGUGGGCUUGCGGUUGGCUGGUGGCAAUGAUGUAGGCAUAUUUGUAGCUGGUGUUCUGGAGGACAGCCCUGCAGCAAAAGAAGGAUUAGAAGAAGGAGAUCAAAUUCUCAGGGUAAAUAAUGUAGACUUCACAAAUAUCAUCAGAGAGGAAGCAGUGCUUUUUCUGCUUGAUCUCCCUAAAGGAGAAGAGGUGACAAUUUUGGCACAGAAGAAAAAGGAUGUUUAUCGUCGUAUUGUUGAGUCCGAUGUAGGAGAUUCUUUCUAUAUCAGAACUCAUUUUGAAUAUGAAAAGGAAUCUCCCUAUGGGCUAAGUUUCAACAAAGGUGAAGUGUUCCGGGUCGUGGAUACUUUGUACAACGGCAAGCUUGGGUCCUGGCUGGCUAUUCGAAUUGGCAAGAAUCACAAAGAGGUGGAAAGAGGCAUCAUACCCAAUAAAAACAGAGCUGAACAGCUAGCUAGUGUACAGUACACACUUCCAAAGACAGCGGGGGGAGAUCGUGCAGAUUUUUGGAGGUUCCGAGGUCUACGCAGCUCAAAGAGAAAUCUCAGAAAAAGCAGAGAAGAUCUUUCUGCCCAACCUGUUCAGACCAAGUUUCCUGCAUAUGAAAGAGUUGUUCUUCGAGAAGCUGGCUUUCUCAGGCCUGUAACCAUCUUCGGACCAAUUGCUGAUGUUGCACGAGAGAAACUGGCAAGAGAAGAACCAGAUAUUUAUCAAGUUGCAAAAAGUGAACCAAGAGAUGCUGGUACUGACCAACGUAGUUCUGGCAUUAUUCGUCUUCAUACAAUAAAACAGAUAAUUGACAGAGACAAACAUGCUUUAUUAGAUGUCACUCCAAAUGCUGUGGAUCGUCUGAAUUAUGCACAAUGGUAUCCCAUUGUGGUGUUCCUGAACCCUGAUUCCAAGCAGGGUGUAAAAACCAUGAGAAUGAGACUGUGUCCAGAAUCACGGAAAAGUGCCAGAAAAUUGUAUGAAAGAGCUCACAAGCUACGGAAAAAUAAUCAUCAUCUCUUCACAACUACUAUCAACUUGAAUUCAAUGAAUGAUGGCUGGUAUGGAGCACUAAAGGAAGCAAUUCAGCAGCAACAGAACCAGUUGGUGUGGGUUUCAGAAGGAAAGGCAGAUGGUGCUACAAGCGAUGACCUUGACUUACACGAUGAUCGCCUUUCCUACCUGUCAGCUCCAGGUAGUGAAUAUUCCAUGUACAGCACAGAUAGUAGACACACUUCAGAUUAUGAUGACACAGAUACAGAAGGGGGUGCCUACACUGAUCAAGAACUUGAUGAAACGCUCAAUGAUGAAGUUGGGACUCCUCCUGAAUCUGCUAUUACACGGUCCUCUGAACCUGUAAGAGAGGAUUCCUCUGGAAUGCAUCAUGAAAGUCAAACAUAUCCUACUUAUGCAUCGCAAGCUCAGACCCAGCCAAAUCAUAGAAUAGAUUCUCCAGGAUUUAAAACAGCUGCCUCUCAACUGAAAGCAGAAGCCUCACCUGCAGGCCCUUACCUUUCCCCGUCGCCUGAAACAAACCCUGCAACCUCAUCACCUUCUGCUGUUAAUCCUAAUGUAAACUUAACUAAUGUCAGACUGGAGGAGCCCACCUCAGCUCCUUACAACUCUUUUCAACUACAAGCUGGCCCCUUAAGAACACCAAGCACUGAGGGAGUUCACAUAAUGCUAAGAGAUCAAGAGCCAUCAUCCUUAUCACCGCAUAUAGAUCCAACAAAGGUAUACAAAAAGGAUCCAUAUGUUAACGAGGAGGCACCAAGACAGAACUACGUCUUGAAACAACCAGCAGUUAAUCAUCCAGUACAGAGACAGGAGAAAGAGACAAAUCUGAUCUACGAAUCCCAGGCUCAGUAUGCAGAGAAACAACCCAGUAGAGAGUAUGAGCCAUCAACAUAUAGGUAUGAUUCUACGAACUAUGUAGAUCAGUUUUCCCGUGGUUAUGACCCUCGUCUACAUUACGAUGACCGUGUACCUCCCUAUGAGGACCACUGGGCAUAUUAUGAUGAAAAACAGCCCUACCAGCCAAGACCACCUUAUGAUAACCAACCUCCUAGGGACUUUAACCCCAGACAAAACGUAGAAGAGAGCACAGAACGCAGCUACUACCCAGCACAACCUCGCUUUGAAGAACCACCUCCAAUGGUUUAUGACAGUAGGCCUCGCUAUGAACAUGCACCUAAAAACUUCAGUCUGCCACAACUGCGAUAUGAAGAACAGCCCGCUGCUGGAUAUGAUAUUCACAGUCGAUAUAAAUCAGAAGCCGAGACAUACCCUUCAGCAAUAUCUAAGUCUCCUGAACCUAAGCAGUACUUCGAUCCACAUAUGAGGGGCUAUGAACAAGGUCCUCCACAAGGAUUUAAUGCUAAAGCAGGACAGUAUGAACCUUCUCAUAGCACUGCAGGUGUGCCUCCUCCCCCACCCUCAUCACAAACCAAACCAGAAGUACUGCCUUCCAACAGUAAACCACUGCCUACACCACCAACUCUAACAGAGGAAGAAGAAGAUCCAGCCAUGAAACCACAAUCAGUGCUAACUAGAGUUAAGAUGUUUGAAAACAAAAGAUCAGCAUCAGUGGAAAAAAUCAAGGAUCCUAAUGAUACAUCAGCUGUCAAGCCUCCAGAACUAGCACCUAAACCUGCCAUUGUCACAGUGAGUGGUUCCAAACCAACCUCUCAAAAUCAGUAUGAACAUGAGAAGACAAUUUACAGGGCUCCAGAACCACAGAGACCUCAAGUGAAGCCAUCUGAAGACAUAGUACGUUCAAAUCACUAUGAUCCUGAGGAAGAUGAAGAGUACUAUCGAAAGCAGCUUUCAUACUUUGAUCGCAGAAGUUUUGAAAAUAAGCCCUCUACACAGGUUCCUGCCAGCCACCACCCUGAGCCUGCUAAACCAGUACAUCCUCAGAAUCAACUGAACUUCACUAACUAUUCUAAGGGGAAGCCUACUGAUGCUGAGCCCACAGAUAGACCUGGUGGUGAAAAGCGCUAUGAGCCAGUUCCUCAAGUUACUCCUCCUCCCCCACCUCCAGUACAGUAUACUCAACCUCAGUCGAUUAAUAACCCUGUCGUACUUCAGGCACAUCCCAAGUCUGCACUUUCUGAGGUUAACUCUAUGUCCGUAGAUUUCCAGAAUUCCACAGUGCCCAAGCCUGACCCACCUCCAUCUCAAAAUAAACCAGCAACUUUCAGAUCUUCCAACCGAGAGGACACUGUGCAGUCUACCUUCUAUCCUCAGAAAAACUUCCCUGACAAGGGUCCAAUUAAUGGAACUGAGCAGACUCAGAAAACAGUCACCCCGGCUUAUAAUCGCUUUACAACGAAGCCUUACACAAGUGCUGCCAGGCCAUUUGAGCGAAAGUUUGAAAGUCCUAAAUUCAACCACAAUCUACUGCCAAAUGAAACUCAACAUAAACCAGAGUUGCCCUCAAAGGCUCCAAAUUCUCCUCAACCAAUUUUAAAAGCACAUAACUCAUUGCAGCCUUCUGAGUUUGACAGUGGAAUGGAUACAUUCUCCAUACAGGCAGACAAGCCUAAAUAUCAACCAAAUAACAUUAAUGCUGUGCCUAAAGCCAUUCCUGUAAGCCCUUCAGCACUAGAGGAUGACGAGGAGGAGGAUGGACACACUGUAGUAGCCACAGCAAGAGGUGUUUUUAACAGCAAUGGUGGUGUAUUAAGCUCCAUAGAGACAGGAGUUAGUAUAAUUAUACCACAAGGAGCCAUUCCAGAGGGAAUAGAGCAAGAAAUCUAUUUCAAGGUCUGCAGAGAUAAUAGUAUCCUCCCACCUUUAGACAAAGAGAAAGGUGAAACACUGCUUAGCCCGUUGGUAAUGUGUGGGCCCCAUGGACUAAAAUUCCUGAAGCCAGUGGAGCUGCGCUUACCACACUGUGCGUCUAUGACCCCUGAUGGUUGGUCUUUUGCUCUAAAAUCCUCCGACUCCUCGUCGGGUGACCCCAAAACUUGGCAGAACAAGUCUCUUCCUGGAGAUCCAAACUAUCUUGUUGGAGCAAACUGUGUCUCAGUCCUAAUUGACCACUUCUAAUCCUUAAAUUAGCUGACUGAGUAAAUAAUGUGAAACUGAGAUGGACCUUACAUAUAAACUGAAUGACUCUAUCAAGUAUUAACGGAACUUACUGUUUAAGCAUCUUGCUUUAACUAACAAUGGUUAGCAAGUACACUCUUGAACCACGGUCAGAAUACAUGCCACAAACAGGAAGUUUACUAUGGAAACAGGGUGGGGUUCUUGUGGGUUCCGAAUGUUGGGGUUUUUGGUUUGUUUGUUUUUUAAAUGGACACAGCUAAUGUUUCAUUGUUAAAACUUUAAAGUACCAAUGGAAUACAUACAGAAGAAUUGAAUUUGGUUCAUAGUCCACUGGUUGAAGUACAGAAUUUGGCAUUUUUAUUUUUUAACUUGGGGGUGUUAAAAUACACAAUACUAUAUUUCCAUCUCUGGUUUUUUGAUGGCUCUUUUGGUGUACAUGUCCCAUAAAGUAGCGAUAAACUUUUGACUACCACAACUUAGAUGUUUUCCUCUACUGUGAGGCUUAUAAAAGCACGUCUACUUACUGUACAUGAAAACAUUGUUAGUUUUCUUUUGUUAUGGGAAAGAUAGAAAGCAUGUGAGAUGACUAUGGUUCAGUUGCCUCUGUGGAUUUGUAAAUUAACCAACACACUACUACAGACAUAUUAACCAGCAGGGAUGCCUUACCCUCAUGUUUUUAAUAGUCUUAGUUCUCAUAGUUCUCUGUAUUACUAAGUUUGUAUGGCUUUUGUGCUUAACUAGAUAAUAUAUCAUGAAACAGAUUGAUAAAGUGACUUAUUGUGAACUUGCUGGUUUAGAGAACAAGUAUUGUUUGUUUGUGUUGAUCAACCAGAAGAGAGCCAGAAGAAAAUGAUGGUAUGUUUUCUGCUAUGCAUUUGAAAAUUUAUAGAUGUUAUAGAAUGCCUGUAUAUAAAGCGUGCAUACCACUUUUGUUCUUGGUUUGUAAAUUAACUUUUAUAAGCUUUACCUUUUUAUAUAUAAAUAUAUAAAAACAAAACAAAGUUUCUUAAGGAUAUCUUUGUAUUCUCACACCUUUUGAGCCUUGAACUUUGACAUCUGCAGCAAUAAAGCAGCAUUUCUACAUUAUACAAACAAGGACAUUUUUUAAAAAAUGCACAAUGUUGUUACCUUUUUAAGUGCUGCAUUUGAAGACUAUAACUCGGAAUUCUCUAGUUUGAUUAAAAUCUUGAAAAAUAUCCCUACUGUAAUUUGUGAUAAGGAUGCUAUACUAUGUGCCCUGAAAUGUAUUUUUUUACUAAUAAACAAUUUAUUAUGGCACAUCAGCACUACUACUGUUUAGAUAAUAUACCACUGCAUUCUGUUAAUCAGUUAUUAGCUAUUCAGGUGUGGCUGAUUUUUUCUUUGCAGUUAUUAAAAUUACACAUUUCUAAAUAUACAGAAUAAAAUUGUUUUUAAAAUAA